GCCAUUGUUUGCCUCGAGGGAUGUUUUGGCCAAGCUAUGUGUCCUGUACUUGUUCAAUGUGAUCAUUAUCGUAAAGUAUUUCGAGACUUGGUCACAAUUCGGCUGUGACGUUGACUGUAGGUUGUCAGCAUGCUGGUGUCUGGGUGUAUAGCGAGACUACUGGUGGUGACCACGACGUUGACGUGUCUGACCCUGGUCUCGGCGAAAUACUGUACUGUCGCGGGUCCAACGGAUAUAGUGAUCGGUCUUGGCGACUCCUUCAGCACGAUGACGCACUGGUGGAAAACCAUAGUGUACUCGCCUGGCGCCCUCCGCUUCGUGGACAGUCUCAUCAAACAGUUCGACUACUCGCAGGUGCGAGUGUCGCUGUUCGCGUACAGCAACAGUAUACGCCGGAUAUCUGCUUUUAGCACCAACCGCAGGUACCUGUCCCGGACGUUGCUGGGGCGCUGGAUUCCGCAGUUUGGGGGUCUCCGCACAUCUGCAGGACUUAGAGUGUUUACGAAUUACCUGUUGUCUAAAAGUCGGCGUGGCGCGACGCGGAUCAUCAUCCUGUUGUCUAACCGCCCUCCCGACAACUACUACUGGACGAUCUCCCAAGCCGUCAGGACCAGGAACAAGAACAUACACAUAAUCACUGUCGGAUGCGGGAAUCGCAACAUACGGGAAUCUGUGAUGAUCACGGGGAAAACGAAUCAGGUAUUCGGCUCCAUCAACGAACACGUCUUAGUCAGUUUGGUCCCUGGCGUUAAGCGCCGGAUAUGUCGACUGACUGAAGAGUCUCAACCGCCGCCACAAAUUCCACCAGUAGUUAUAAACCGCGUGGAUAUCAUCCUGGUGGCCGACCACUCUCAGAGUGUUCGCGUCAUCGACGGGAUCCGCGCCACGUACUGCGUCCAGUGUCUCGAGUUCAUCGCCAAUUUCGUUGACAACAUCGCCUUCCCGCGCUGCGCCGUCGGCAUCACCAUGUUCGCAGACGACGCGUACGUCUUGUCGGGUAUCUCGGAAGAGGCGAACUCCCUGAGGACGACCAUCAACUCCGUGGACGGCCUGCUCAUCCCUUACGCAGGGUCCUCGCUGGAGAGCGGCAUCGCCAUAGCGCAUGCGCAGUUCAGCAACUCUUCGCGCGAGAGUUCCAACAAGAAGGUAAUUCUCGUGAUGUGCGACGGCUCGGGGGAGAACGACGAACGCGUACGAUCGCAGUCGAUGGCAGCGCGUGCAGACGACAUUGUGACAUACGUGCUCACGUGGCCUUCACCUGGCGGUAUAGCGAUCAACGACAUUCAGCUGAAUGACAUUGCCGGAGAAUCGUCUCGUAUUAUAAAAGUCACCAGUCUUGAAAGGCUGCCAGAAAUGGCUGCACCUUUGGCGGGGAAGAUGUGUCCGUCUGGCUGACAGACUCGCUGGACUGGUAACCAGACUUGAUUGGUAACAGAUCAUCAUGUAUUCAGAACAUUAUGUCCACUGUUAGAGGAGCCAUGGCAAUUGUCAAUAAGAUGAUGAUAAUAAAUAUAUUCCGAAAUAUACUUUUUUUUUA